AUGUCUUUCAGGCCAUCGAACUUUUACUAUCCGGUUUCGGGCAUUGAGGCAGAACGUCUGCUGAAAACGUACGGAAAUGAAGGUUCCUUCUUGGCGCGACCAAGUGCGUCUAGCCCAUCCGACUACACUCUUUCCGUUCAUCGUGGCCCAAAAAUCACUCAUGUAAAGAUCCAAAACAAUGGCGAUUGUUUGGAUUUGAAUGGAGGUGGUACGUUCGCAUCACUCAGUGAGCUGGUUCAGUUCUGUGUGGAGAAUCCGUGUCAGUUGAGGGAGAAGGACGGUGAGACUAUUACUAUGAAGUAA